AUGCGACGAGAACAAGGAGAACAAGAUGAAGAGUAUAAAGCUCUGGAGACGAGCACAAAUGAGAAAACAGCAACAAGAGACCACGAAGAUAACGAGGAUGGAAUACAGGAGACAAGAGAAACUCCCCUUGUCCUGAUAUUGGGAGAGAACUAUCUUGGUCUAAGGCAUAUUUACUUGCUAAAUUCAAUAUACUCCAUAUGGCCACUGCUUCAGUUAUCUGUGGCGCUGGUUGCUGCAGCUAAACUGGAAUGGUUCUGCUUAGUAGGCCUGAGUCUGGGUACAAAUGACGCAGAUGAUCCUGAAACCUUUACAAAAGGUCUGGUGCUGCCCAGUCAGCUGCCCCUAAAUCGCCGCCUUCAUCUAAUGUGGAUAUGGCUGUUUCUGUAUUAUCUACCAGCGUCGUUCGCAUACCAAUUACUUGUGCUGGACAACUUCCCACAAAUAAAACCGAAGGUAUUUGCAGAGGUAUUGCUGAUGCAGGAGGAGGAGUCAAAAGCUAUUCUGGAGGAUAUUUACUGUCGACGAAGACCCCGACAACUACACGCUUUGAUUGGACUCAUUGCUCUAGCUGUGUAUACACUAGCAAUCGCGGUGAUGUUAUCCCGUAAGAAAGUAUAG